UAAUAUCGCUUUUGUCACCGAGCAAGUAUUUUUGAAUUUUAAUACGUGACCCGUUAUAGGCUGACGUUUAAAGAAAUUGGAAUUCGGUUACGCGCAAGUGAAUGAAAAUUAUUGGCUUGCAAGUCCAAAGCCACAACAGUAAAUAGACAAGAAGAGAAAAACUUUCAUAUAGAAGCACUUUGAAUACGAACGAUUGCAGUCGAUUUAUUUUUAAGACGCGUACAUGAAGAUUAAGGCGGUCAUAAACAUGUCAGAAAAAGUUCUCAUUUUCUUUUUAUGUUGCGCGGUUUUCUUUAGUUCGGUUCAAAGUGACGCAUCCUACUCUCAGGACACAUACGUAAAUGCUUUACAAAACUCCCAUAUAUCAGAACCGGAUACUAGCGGUACUGACUUAGGGGGAUAUAGUUAUUCACAGCCGCCUAACAACAACUACUUGCCGCCCUCUACAUCUGCCCCGGCUUUUGGGCCACCAGCCCCUGAUUAUGGUCCUCCAUCGCCCUCGUAUGGGCCGCCACAUCUUAAUUAUGGACCGCCUCCUUCUAGUUAUGGCCCCCCUCAUCCUAACUACGGACCACCACAGCCAAGCUAUGGGCCACCGCCGCCCCUUUACUACAAACCAAUGCCGUUUCCCUCCGAUUCCCGCGACCAUUACGCUCUCCUAGCAAAAUUGAAAACAAAAUUGAAUCUCUUCACGAUUGGCAAGAUUCUUCUAAAGCUUUUAAUUUUCAAAAAAAUUAUUAAAUUUAUUGGACUAAUUUGUCUUCUUCUAUUUCUGCCAAAACUAAAAGACAUGUUCAAAGAAGAUAUGUCAACGGAAGAGGAGACUAUGGAAAGCAAACAAGUGGAAACUGAACGAGAUUUGUUAAGAAAGCGCAUCGAAGAAGCACAUGAUUUUGCCAUAAGAUCUAUAAAAAUAUUUUAAGAAGAUUUAACGUAAGGUUGUUUUUGUAAAUGAAAUAGCUUAUAUUUAUUUGCUUGUAUUAUUUAUUAAAAUGUGUUGUUAAGAAUGAUAUGACUGUAUUCGUUUCCUUGAUGGCAAUUUAUUGGAAUAUGGCGUAUGAUAGUGCUAAUUUUAUUAUGUUUUUAGUUGCCUAAGUUGCCUAGACAUUUUGUUGCAUUAACCCUCCACGCCAUAGACUAGUUUGUAACGCACAGAAUGUUCGAACUAAUUAAAAUGAAUCCCCUGAACGGAUCCCUUCCUCUCUUCGAUAAUAUUACGACCACAUGCCAAAACAAGUAAAAACGCUAAGGCUUGCCAAGGCCUACCAUUAUAUACUCACAUCAUCCUACAUUGAUAUCGACUUUUCAAAUUAACGCUUUAUAUGAGAAAUUGUUGAAAAAGUUGUCCGAUUC